UCUGCACAUCCUCCAUGAACUCAAAUAUCGCCAUUUUAACUCAGUCACAUAGAGUUAUCGCAGCAAAAAAGCGCGACAAACGAAAUCAGAUCAAGGAAAUUGUAUUCGAUGACGAUGCACGAAGAGAGUUCCUCACUGGAUUUCACAAGCGGAAGGUGGCAAAGAAAGAGGAGGCUAUAAAGAAGGCGAAGCUAAGGGAAAAGCAGGAAAGACUAGACACGCGACGUGAGCAUCGGCGCGCCUUAGCGGAGCGAGCGGCACAGAAUGCUGCGGAGGUUGAGAAGGCAUACGGUGCCACCAUAGAUGGUGAGGAUGAUGAGUACGAGGGGCUGGGCUCCUUGGAGGAUGAAAGGGAGCGGGAGGUAAACGGAGAGUAUGAAGGCGAGGAACAACUUGCUACUGUGACAGUGGUCGAAGAUUUUGAUCCUGCCGACUUCUUACAUGGCCCACCCAUGGCCGGCUCCGCACCUACUGAUCGGUUGGACAUCCCUUCCCCCACGCCCCUGAAGCCAAAAGGGAAGGAGAAAGCCCAAAAUGAUACUUUGAAGCCAAAGCGCAAGGUAAAGAAAAAUGAGAAGACGAAGAGUGUCAGGUAUCAGACGAAGGCGGCACGCUUGGCGGAACGCUCUAAGCAGCGGGCGCGACGCACAGAGAAGGCAGAACGGGCCGGAGGAAAAUCUUCGAGGAAGGGAAAACGCAGAUGAUUUCAGGUUAUUCCCUUGUCAAUCGUGUAUUUUCUCAUUCUACACUGCUUGUAGUACAUUGCAUUCAUUUUCGACAGACAGACUUCGCAUGCAUGAUGUUUCUGUCAUAUGUUCGGAGCAAGUUCGGAGGGGUUGCUAGUUUGAAUGCCGAAACCUCCGGUAUCUCGGCCGUCCUGGCCGGACGUUUAUGAGUUGACCGAC